AAUCAUCGAAACCAAAAUAUGGAUUCUAGUGGGAAAUUUGCAGACAAUAUUAGCAAAGAAAAUAUUUCCGAUAUUCUUGAAAAAGAAUUUGAUCUAUGGCGUGAAGAAUGCAGAAGCGAUACAGUUUUUUUGCUUGAAAUAGAGCACAGGGAAAAAGAUAGUGCUACAGUGGUACAUCUGCUCUUGGCUGGUGAACAUGAAGUCAGACUGAUCUGUCCACCUGGUUUUCCUAAACACAAUGGGAAAUUUCAGAUAGAAUCAAACAGCAAGCUCAAAGAGUGGUGUUGUUCAAUGAAUGAGUACUUGAAUAACAUUGAAGGCCCUACAACACUUAAACAAGUAUUAUCAAAGGCUGUUUCAAGUUAUAAAAGACGGUCUGACCAUAAUUUAUCAGAAGAUGAUUCAAUGGAGGAUGAUGAUGAAGAGGAUAUCCACCAGGAUGUGUCUGUAGAUGAUGGAGACAGCUUUGAAGUCACAAACUUGGAACGAGAGAUUGCAAGAAAAAAGAAACUAUGGCAGAAGAAGGAAGCACAGCUCUUAGAAGAAAAGAGAAAGACUGAUCGUAACCAUGGAAAAAGACACAUCCCACUGGGACAUCACUGUUCAACCGGACAAAAACAGACCAAAGAAGAUUUGUUACAUGUUCCAAGCUUUACUCCUUCGGGAUCAGUGUUGGUCAAUGAACUUGUGGCCAUUAUGGAAGACCCACAGUCAGGAAUAACAGCUGAACCUAUUGAGGAUGACAUCUACCAUUGGUCUGUGAAUCUGUCAAACUUUAGUGUAAAUAGCAAUAUUGGAAAAGAUCUUCAGCAGUUGAAAGCAAAGUUUGGCUAUGAUUAUAUUCAACUACAGAUGGAUUUUUCCAUGAAUCUAUACCCAUUUUAUCCUCCAUUGGUCAAAGUAAUCAAACCAAGACUUCAGGGAAACAAUCAUGAGAAACUAGUUAGCAUCAGUCUGUGUAAGUUGUUUCAGUUGUCUUACUGGAACCCUGUUCGCACAAUGAAAUCAGUCCUGAUGAAUGUAAAAGGAUACCUAGAGAACUAUGUCAGGAUUGACGUUGAUGAUUGGAGAAACAACCUCCAAAUGUUGCCACUUGUUUUACUUUUGGAAGAUCUUUUAAGUCGGCUAGCUGUGGUUAGUGAAAUAUCUCCUCGUCUGUUUCUCCAGCAGUCUUCAGAAAAAGAUCAAUCAUCCUCUUUUCUGGAGUUUAAUACAAAAGGCAGCCAGAGAUCUUUGAAAAAGAAACAAUUUUGGAACAAAGGUACAGGAUAUUCAACAUUGUGGGACUGCCAGAAAGAUUGGAGUCCAAACAGAUAUGUAGCUGCUCAGAAGGAAAAAGAUAUUCAGGUGCAGAAGGUUUUGUGGGACAUCGUGAAAGAGCUACAACAUUUUAAAUCAUUGUUUUCUCAAGGAGUGGUUGAAUCUUGUCAAAACCAAGUUGAUAAAAGUUCUGUAGUUGAUAAUGGUAGGCAGCAAAAUGGAUUAAAUGAGAGUAAAACGGAUGAAUCGUGGGACUCAACCUCUCUGAAUAGUGGAACAAGCAGCAUCUGGCCAUCAGACCAGGCCAGCAGCUGCUGCUCAACAUUUGGAAAUGGUGCAGAGUCAGAGUUAGCUAACAAACAAUUAGAAGAUUCAAGAGAACUGUACAUGAUCUUAGAGAACUCUUCAUUAAUUCCAUUCUUGGAACAAUAUCUUGAACAAGAAUCAUUUGUGGAGAUUUCAAGACACACGGGGAUAUACAAAGCAAUAAUACAGUUACUCAAGGAAAUAGCCCAACAGCCAACUUUAGUACCCUUAUUUGGACCUCUCCCUAACCAAAAACAGAGUAUCCACCAGUUCCUAGGUAGAUUAGCACAACAAGCCUCUUGCAUUUUACGUCAUGUGGGUAAAGUUGCUGCUAAUGGGUGCAUACCUGGCAUGCCCAUAAGCAGUGAAGAGGAAAGCAGUGAGGACUCAAUUUGUGGAUCAGGUUCAGCAGAAAAAAGGAAAGCUGUGGGAGGCAAUUCUGAAGAAAAGUUAGCAAAGGAGUUCUCCAACCUCUAUGACCUCAUUUCUGAGGAGCUGCAGAAGCAUGGACAUAUAGCUAAUGGUGUGGUGCCAGAAUUAAAGAAUGGCUCCACUGAAUCACUUAUUUCUGAGUGUUCUCUCAGCUGUGAAACAGACCCUCUUGCUUCAACCUACAGGAAGUGCCUAAAAUCUCUACAAUUUGAAAGUUGGCCAAUGGAAAUGGAAGGCAGUAGUAGCCAUCACUUUGCUAACCACUACAGAAAAUGUGGAGCUGGCUCACCUAAUCAAGUUUUAAGAAUUGCCCAAGAACUCACAUCUUUACACAGCUCUCUCCCAUUAGAAAUUUCUUCUUCAAUAUUUGUCAGAACAGAUGACGAGAAGUCUUGUUUGCUGAGAGCCUUAAUAACUGGGCCUGAAGGGACACCUUAUUCGAAUGGCUGUUUUUUGUUUGACAUUUAUUUUCCUUAUGAAUUUCCAAAUAAUCCUCCUAUGGUCAAUUUCCAGACAACUGGUGGUGGAACUGUCCGAUUUAAUCCAAAUUUGUACAAGGAUGGGUGGGUUUGUCUGUCACUUCUUAACACCUGGAGAGGAUUCACAGAAGAACACUGGCAUAAAACAUCAACUGUCUUACAGGUUUUAAUAUCCAUACAAUCAUUCAUUUUUACUGAGAAACCAUACUUCAAUGAACCUGGCUAUGAAAGCAAGAUUGGGACUGAGAAAGGAAAUGAACAAAGCUAUCUAUACAACAGACACAUACGCUGUGCUAACAUAAAGCAUGCAAUGUUGGGCCAACUCCAUAAUCCAAGUCCUGGCUUUGGAGAAGUUAUCAAAUCACAUUUCUACAUUAAGCGUCAUCGGAUAAUACAGGAAGUAGAGUCCUGGGCUGCUGAAUCUUCAGAAGUUGGCCCUCUUGCUAAGGUACUGAAAAAAGAGCUGACUGAAUUAGAACCACCUAACGAAGAUGUAGCUAGACUGGCUUCAUCUCCAUAGUUAGCCCCUGUAUACAUACUAAAGAACUGAAUUUAUAAUUUUUCAGAAAGUAAAGAUAUUGUCACAUUUUACUAUUAAGUUUACAGAUGUGGUAAACUGGUUUCUUUUUUUUUCCCUCAUACUUGGUUAUACUUAUGCAGUAUAUUGAAACGUUUUAUUCAACUCCUUGGUUUAACUUGUGCAGAUCCUCAGUUAACAGUAAAAAAUAACACAUCUUCAUUCUGCUCAUCUGGUUAAAUCACAAACAUAAGUUCCCACUUUUCAGUUACCCAAGUCUUCUAGUUAGAUUACAUAGAAUAAAUUCCCAUCUUUCAGCCUACCUAAGUCAUUUAGAUUACAGAAAAUAAAUUCCCCUUUUUCAGUUACCAAAGUCUUCUAGUUAAAUUACAGAAAAUAAAUUCCCACUUUUUAAUCUAACCAAGUCUUCUAGUUAAAUUGCAGAAAAUAAAUUCCUACUUUACAUUCUGCCCAAGUCAUUUAUUUAGAUUACAGAAAAUAAAUUCCCACUUUUCAGUCCAUCCAACUCCUCCAGUUAGGUUACAUAAAAUAAAUUCCCUUUUUUCAGUUUACCCAAGUCCUCUAAUCAGGUUACAGAAAAUAAAUUCCCACUUUUCAGUCUACCCAACUCUUCUGGUUGGAUUACAGAUAAUAAAUUCUCACUUUUCAGUGUACCCAAAUUAUCUAGUUAGAUUACAGAAAAUAAAUUCCCACUUUUCAGUUACUCAAGUCAUCUAGUUAAGAAUUCAGAAAUUAAUAGUCAAAAACAUUAUUGUUAUAUGAUGAGUUUGUAAUUUUAAAGCUACUUUUUCACACAAAAAUAAAAUCAUAAAAAAAAAUUUGUGAAGUAAAGCUGUCACAAACUUAGGUUACAUAUGCUAACUGAAAAUAUCUAACCAAUCAGCUUAGACUUUUGAAAGAAACAUACUUGACACAGAGGGAUGUGGUCCAAUCAUAGGGAACUAUGUAAUGUUUAAAAUAGAUAGCCAUUUAGAUUUCAGUAACAAGUUUUCUUGUCAAAAACUAUUUAGUAAAACACUAAUGUGGAGCUUUUAUAGCCUUGAGAAGGCUAGAUAUAGGUUGAGAAGAAUUAGAAACUGUGUAUUUUUAUGAAAACCACCAUAUAAGAAUUUAGUCUAAACUUGUUGCCAACAGAAAAACACAGUAGUUCUUAUAGGCAUAACAUGUUAUAGAAAAUACCAAAGUAAGUUGAAAUCUCUGAGAAGCGAUCUAACUCUGAAGAAACUUGAUGUUGUUGCUGCAUAAUGUAAGCUCAAUAUUGGGUGGUGCCAAAGUAAGAAUUUAGCAUUGAAGAUUUUUCAGAAAGCUCUGGAUAUUAAAGUCUGAAAAAAAAAGACAUAUCAUCAGAAAGACCUAUUCAGAAACGUUUCAGCUAUAUCAGUGAUGUUUUUGUUUAAUAUAAGAUUAGGUACUUAUUCUGGUUAUGUCUUAAAACUUGCGUUAACUGCACUGCUUUUCUGUGGAACUUUUUCUACCACUAAAAAACUCAUUUUCCUAGAUAAUAGCAGGUUUAAUAUUGUGUCAUAUAAGUUGUAAUAAGCAAGGAAUACCUGUCACACCCAACUUGCAUCUAACAAUAAUUGAGCAGUUUCCCUCUUUAUUUAUUGAAACACUACAAAGUUCAGACUAAGUAGCUCUAUAAUGUAUGUCAGGAACCUACAGACUUUGGAAGUUAUUAGUCAUCACUCUAAAGAUGAGAGGAAAUUUUCAUUUGUUGAAAAUGAAGAAAUGAAAUAACCUCUUUAAAUAAAACUACACAUGUUCUACAGGAAUGUUAGAAUGAUAAUUUCAGUAGAUAAAUAUACAGAGAAGUGACACAAAAUGUCUCCUUAGAAAUGAGUGUGAUCUGAACAAUUUAAAACAUUUUUGAUAACUUGUUUUAUGUCUAACACUUGUAUUAAAACUAAAAAGCUUUUAUUGUCAAACCUGUAUCUUACGAGAAUUUUACUGUAGAUAUUUGAAAGUUUACCAUCAUAGAUUAUUUGUUUCAAACAGCCAGAUUACUAGUAAUAUCUACUUUUGUAUAUGCAUUUUGUCCUUUUUUUGGAGUGUGUUUUUCCCUUACAGUAUUCUUGCAUAUUAAGCAUAUGAAAUCAUUCCAUUUCCCCACUUUAAAUUAAGGUUUACAUAUUACAAAAACACAGAGAAGUUUAGAAGAAGGUUCUUUGUAAAUGGAAAUUGCUACAGUAAAUAUGUUUUAACAAAAGAAAAACAAUGAAUGCAAAUGUCUCCAUCUUCCUUCUUUUUUGCAAUGCUUCUGUUUGCCAAGUGAUGAGCAUUAACUGUGAUAGUAUUAUUAAAAUCUGGUCUGCUGUUUUGGUAGUCAGAUAGUAGGAAUUAUUUCUAGUUUUCUACUUUUUAUUUCAAGUUUAAAUUACAGUAGAGCUGCUUUAAAUAGUUUUUUAGAAACUUGUAUGGAAAAUUAAAUAUGAUAAGCAGUUAUUCAAAAUAAAGUAAAAUAAAUAGUAGUACUUGCUUUGAAUACAAAAUAAAUUAUAGACGUAUCAUGGUUCAGGAAAAGAUCAGUGGAUAAUAUACUAGGGUUUAGUGGUUGUCAAUAAAAGCACUGGAAUGUGAUAUAAAAUAUAAAUUCAUAAUAAGUUUAAUAAAUGUUUAAAAAUCAAAUUCUAGUUGCCUGAUAGCAGGAAGUUGGAAAAUAAUUUUAAAAAUAUUUACAAAGCACUUAUUUGUUACUGGAGUAUCAGUUUCUAUGUACAUUUUCCACAAGAUUUGUUCACAAGCUUCAUUUUUUACACUUAUUCCUGUGAUGACCAAACUUGCCCUGUUGCAAAUAAAAAAAAUCUUAGAAUA